GAUAAGGCGAGCCCCUGUACUGGGUCCUCUUCAUUCAACACGUUUUACAAAUUUGAUCGCUACAUACAAUGUCUACCGAAAAGUUCGUGGUUACCGAGCAGUGGUCUCCCACUCAGUUGAUCCGGGAGUACCCACAUGCGCUCACGAGGAACGAUGCAGAUCUGUUCCUUGCCGUCAGGGAAUCUCGCUCACGCAACAGCACUGCACCAUCAGAGAACGCGGUGACCAUCAUAGCGAGCUAUGGGAAUGGUUUUCCAAAAGAAUGCUACGAAGCUUUGUGGGAUGAGAUACUAGAUAGUUCCAAAGGCGAUGAAGCGCGAUCUAUUUGGAUGGCUGAAUAUGCACUCCAGGGUAAAAGCUACGCUAGGAAUGCGGACGUUUUGGGCGAUGAUUCCAGAUGAAUGUACCAUUCAUGCGAUCUGUUACUGAUGGUCAACAACGUCCGAGAAAGGAUGAAGCCAC